GAGCUCACAGAUGGGAAUCAUUAAACACAGAUACACACACAGAGUCAGGAGGGAUCCCCCCUGGAGGAGUCAGGUGCUCUUCAUCACCUGGGUAACUGUGCUUCCAUGGACAUCACACAGCCACCGUCGUUCUGCCUGUGCUAACUCAGGCUGAUCUGGAGUGAGACAUGAAAAGACUCUGAAGGAAAAACUGAAAGCUGAGCUGAAUGCAAGUGUGAUUACAGACAGGAGAGACACGGUUGCCACAAAACAUCAAUGAUGACUGAUCCCAAAGCAGACACACACUCUGUCCAGUCAGAGAACACACUGGCUUUGAAUGACUCAGAUACCGACUACAAACAAUACCUGUUCAGCUUGUUUGGGGAAAGCACUGCUGAGUAUUUCCUCAACCUCUCCUCCCUGCGUCAGAACACUCCGGCCUGGUACACACACAUGAGGGACAACAUGAAAGGUCAUGUAAAUGCAGUGGCAUUGUGGGAUGCACUGAGGCAGCGCUCUGCUCAAAUAAUGAAGGAAAAGGAGACCAAACCUUCUCAAGCUGAGACUGACUGGAAGAAGCUAAUGAGAGAAGACCACCUGCAUCGUAUAUCAGCAAUCAGGCAGAUGUUCCGCUCUGCUCAGCGUAACCAGGCCUACACUGCGCUUCUCCUGCAACACAGACCCCUAUCUCUUCUCUGCAACACAGAUACAACUGAAGGGUCCAGUCAGUAUCCAUCAGAUAAGCACACACGACUCUUAAAAGAUCUCACCACAGCAACAGUGGAAUCCUGAAUAAUAUUCUGUCUGAAUAAUAUUGCAAAUUUUGUGGGAUUUCUGUGGGAGUACUGUGAGAUGCAGAGCCAAAUAAAUGAAGGUGGUUGUACUCAAAAUAGGAGAUAUGUGUAAUUAAAUAAAGUGUAACAGAAAGAGUGUUUUGUGUUUUUUGAAGGCAACAUAUGGUCAAAAUUAUACAUUAUACAAGAUAAACAAUUUACACAGCUCUGGAAAAAAUUAAGAGACCACUUUAGUUUCUGAAACAGUUUCUCUGAUUUUGUUAUUUAUAGGUAUAUGUUUGAGUAAAAUGUAAAAAUUGUUGUUCUAUUCUAUAAACUACGAACAACAUUUCUCCCAAAUUCCAAAUACAAAUAUUGUCAUUUAGAGCAUUUAUUUGCAGAAAAUGAGAAAUGGCUGAAAUAACA